GUUUAUGGGAAAUUUUGCUUGUGUGUGUGUCCGUGUGUGUGUGCGUGUGUGUGUGUGUUUACACAGACGGGAAUACUGCGCCAAAGGAAGUGCGCCGGUUCUCCGUCUGAGCGUCCCGACUUCCUGCUCUGAGGCAGGAGAGAGAAAAGCUGCGGAUCCGCUUUCAGUCAGCAGCAGCAGCAUGGAGCCCCGACACCACACACUCACACCGCUUUGAGACACAAACAGACCCAUCAGACGGACUGAGGAGCAUCCAUACCGGGGUUGCCGUCAUGGAGAGUUCAAUCACGCUGUGGCAGUUCCUGCUGCAGCUGCUCAUCGACCAAAGCCACAAACAUCUCAUCUGCUGGACGUCUAAUGACGGCGAGUUCAAGCUGCUGAAGUCGGAGGAAGUGGCCAAACUAUGGGGGCUUCGCAAGAACAAGACCAACAUGAACUAUGACAAGCUGAGCAGAGCCCUGCGCUACUACUACGACAAAAACAUCAUCAAGAAGGUGAUUGGCCAGAAGUUCGUCUACAAGUUUGUGUCGUUUCCUGAGAUUCUGAAGAUGGACCCUGCGGUGGUGGAGUUGGGACGCAGCGGUGAAGAAGGUGCAGCAUCAGAGCCUGAAGCUGAAGAUGAGGAUGGAGCCAAGAGAAACCAGUACCUCCAAUCCGGCCUGUACUCCUCCUUCACUGUCAGCUCCUUAGAUCCACACCAGCAGAUCAAAAAGGAGCCCAGACCUGAUCGCCAUGACGACAGCUCCUCUGUCAUCAGAUUCAUAACUAACAGAGGCCACUCUUCCCUUCCUCCCACCCCACCCCCAUCCUCGUCUGAGAUGUCCCAUUCCUCCAGGCCAUCGCCUCCUAAGGCCCGCUCUUCCUCCUGCUCCUCCUCCCCGCCACAAAGCCCGGCCCACAAAGCGUGGAGGGGGCGGCACCAGAGCACAGACACUGAUGAGUCAGACUGCAGCGCUCAACCUUUAAACCUAUCAUCAGGUCAGAGGGAGAGAGUGAGGUCACAGAGCACCGCAACGCCAGAGAGGAGGGGCUUAGCCAAUAACUCGCCCUUGAGAUCUAGAAAACCCAAAGGCCUGGAAAUCUCCGCCUCCUCUCUCCUGCUGACAGGAAGUGACCUCGUCUCCAUAGCUCUCAACAGCCCGGCGCUGCCUUCAGGGUCCAUGACCCCUGCCUUCCUCACUGCACAGACUCCAUCUGGUCUGGUGCUCACUCCCAGUCAUCUACUAUCCAAUAUCCAUUUCUGGUCCAGCCUGAGUCCGGUGGGGCCCCUCAGUCCGGCUCAGCUGCAGAGCCAUGCUCCCUUCUUUCAGUUCCCCAGUCUGCUGAAUGGACCCCUCCCUGUGCCUUUACCAAACAUGGACGCUCCCUCUCCUCUGCUGCUCUCCUCCAACUCCCAGAAGUCCUGAUGCCACCUGAAGCUCUAAGAGGGAGCUUCACCCCAGCAGCAAAGACAAGAACCAAACCAACCCGCCUUAAACUCUGACUGACGAUGGACCACUCUAGCUGGACUUCCUCUCAGUCCAUCUACUCUAAACCUGGAGCUUUGCUUUGAUAUGAAGAAACAGGAGCUUCACGAUGAACAUGUGGGGUAUCAGAAUAACACAUUUCAUGAUUGUUUACUACGGUUUAACUACUCCUGUUCUUUACAUUUCUGUUCGGUGCUUUUUACUUGUCAGGAUGUAUGAAGCCUGUGAAUUUCAAACAUCUCAUCUCGUUUUGUAUCUCAUCUCAUUCAUGAAUUUUAUCUCUAUAUUUAGCUACAAACCCCUAAAAUAUUCUGUAGUCAAUAAUCCCUCCUCUCACUCAGAAUAUGGAGGUCUGGGUAAAUCCUUAUCAGGGAUUAUAAAACUCAAAGAUUGGCAGACGAUCCCUCAUUUAUUUCAAAUAACAGUUUCAGUAUUAUGCCAUCAUGACAUUUCAGAAAAUACAUGUCCUUUCCUACAAAGAGAUUUAGGUAUCUUCGUGCACUAUAUGGACAAAAGUAUUUGGCCAAACCUGUUAAUUAUUUAACUCAGGUGUUUCAAUCAGACCUGUUUCCACAUGUGUAUAAAAUCAAGCGCCUAGCCAUGCAGUCUCCGUUUGCAGCAGGUGGUUAUUAAUUACACUUUACCUGUAAAAAAUCUCUCAAUUAAUAGACAGGAUUACCAGAAUAUCAAACAUUUCUGAUGUGGCCAGGAAAACUGUCUACAUGAUCAUCCUUGAACCCUUACCCUUGAUGUAUAUUUUCCACAUCAUGCUGUUUUUAGGGAACGUGUGGCUCCAUUACUGUCUGACAUGACACUGACUCCUAGCAGAACACCUGCUAGCCGCUGUAGACAUCCCCUUUUGUUCAAAUGCUUUAAAUCAACGCUGUGAACUUUUUAAAAUCUUUGUGUACAGUUUCAAGCUUUAUUUGUAAUGCACUGUACUCUGAAGGCUUGUAUUGUAACCAGCAGUGCCUUUAACAGUGAGACUCGUGUGGAUGUGUUCAGCUUUAAACCAUGUUUUCAUUGACAUUCCAGGUCGAGAUUGCACAAAAGCUUUUUUUUGUAAAAUGCCUCCUGUUAUUUUUAUAGUGACAUUAAUGGAAAUAUAUAUUCUCAGUGAUUUGCUUGUGUUUUGAUUGUAUGUUGAGAGAAUUGUUACUGUUUUUUGCAAUAAAAUUGAUUAAUUUUCAAAAAAAACGUUGUAAAGCUACACUAUGUUUGAGCUGAUAUGGACCCACAGUUGUACCUUCAUUUACUGAAUGUUGAUAAAACACAUACAUCCUGAUUAUUUUUCAUGUAAAAACAGUUAUAACAAUACCAGAAUUAUAAACUUCAAUUUUAAUUCUAUUAAAA